CAGUAGAGGCCGCCCUUACAGCCACCACUUACAGUCUCACCAACGUCCACGUUGUAGGUGAGACUGGAACCGUGACUGUUGAUGAUGUCCCGUUAGGGGACCUAGAAGGCCCACGGGGCCAACAAGUCGUACGGAACGACUGGUACCUAUACUAUCUCGACACUUUUGAACGGAUUCUCGACCAGUAAACUUCGGAUGCGUUGUGAUUUCUUUGUUCGAUUAAAACAGCACUAUUAUCGUCUCAAUUUGAAUUUUGUCAUUGCUCAUGAAGAAAAGUGCAAUCAUUUUGUUCUACAUAAUUACGGAUUAGUGAAUUGUUGCAUUUACGGAUUGCUCUUAUUACACGGUUGCUUGUAACUAAUGAGAGAAAAUUUAUCUCGUCGCGGGAUGAGUGACUUCCUGCUACUAAGUGCAGUUUGAGCCGCGUCGCGUGUGUCAGUGAUAGGAAAGACACCGCGAUUUAAGGAUUCUCUCCGUCAAGUGAAAAAAUUACGAUAUGAGUCGUACAGGAUAUACGUGCAUCAGGCACGUAUUCUGCUCCCUCAAUGUCCUCAUAUGGUUGUGCGCAUGCGGAGUUUUGGGGGCUGGUCUGUGGCUGCGAUUGGCGUACUCAGGCUACACCACACUUGUGCCGCAAUACAGUUUUGCGUCUGCAGAUUCGCUUUUAUUAGCCGCCGGAUGCGUCACCUUCGUCGUCGCGUUCUUCGGCUGCUGUGGUGCCUGGUUUCAGGCACGAUGCAUGCUAAUUACGUACUUCAGCCUCGUGAUACUGAUGUUCCUGGCUGAAUUCAUGCUUGGUACUCUGGCCUUCGUCUUCAGGGAACACCUUGCCAGGAGUCUCAAGGAAGAGUUGCUCUUUGGUAUUGAGAAACACUAUAACGUCACCAGGGAACCAGGAACACUUCCUGCUGUAUGGGACCACAUACAUACCGAAUUUCACUGUUGCGGCGUACGCGACUACACCGACUGGUUCCAAAUCGACGCGUGGCCCACGGAAGAUCGCGUUCCUGACUCUUGCUGCAUAAGACAGGAACGGUACUGCGGUCGAGUGGAUCCCGAGGGACGAAACAAGGAGCUCUGGUAUAAGAAUGGCUGCGCUUCCGCCAUACAAAUGUGGCUUGUCACGAGAUUACACGUAGUAGGCACAGUUGGUCUUGUUGUUGGAUUUCUUCAAUUGUUUGGUUUAGUAGCUAGUAUGAUACUAUUUUGUACAGUCAGGCAUAAGAGGUCAACACAUACCUAUAAGAGUUAUGACACGACCACUUAGAACGGAUAUACAUAUAACUAUAUUUAUUUUGAUUUUUCACAAAAAUUCUCAAUCGAAGAUAGAGGAUUUCAAGUAUUCCGUUUCUCGUAUUUUUGUUGAUUUACCCAGAUAGCUAAAAAUUGCUCAUCUCCGAAUAUCCCACUAUAUUGUCAAUAAAACGGCUUCGGGUAAAGCGUGUUAUCGUUAUGAUGACAAUGUUUGAACAUAGCAUUUUUGACUACUAGGGUAUUGACGACUUUCGAAAACUCUUUUAAGAAAUUCGAGAUUCAUAAUUCCGAAAGAAACAAAAGGCCGAAUUGCCUUUUCAAUUUAGUUUUAUGAAUUUCGACAAUUUUCGAUUCAAUAUACCCGUCUUACGAGGUCUUUUUCUGUCAUGUGUCAUUCGCAUGUGAAAAUCGAAGUCAGUCAUUGAUUGUUGAGUCGCCAUGUAAUCGAUGAUAGAGUCUUUUAAGAAUAUGGUACAUAUGUAUAACAUAUGUAUGUAUUGUUUUAACGAAUAAAUAAUAUAUUUAUACAA